GUCUUUGGAAAAGAGCAUCUGCUAAGUGUCUUAAAUGUAAAACAUGAGCUGUUUCAUAAUCAUAUCGUUUACAUGUUAUGAUUUACUAUGAUUUUGUACAGGUCAGCUGGAGAUUCAGAAACCAGAAUGUCCAGCACUGUCAUACCCGUGAACUCUUCAACGCUUGUCAUCCAGUUUCAACCGCCAACACAAUCAACACCUGUUACGACAAAUGCUCCGGUGCCUGUUUAUGUACAACAGGUGGCGGGAGUUUCACCUCUUCAUGGACUUCAGGCGUUUCUGAAAGGCCAGCCGAAAGCCCUUGGGACGGUCCAGAUAAUGAUCGGUGUGCUGACUCUUCUGUUUGGCAUUGUGUCUUCAGUUCAUGCAGAUCUUAUCUUUGUCUAUAGUGGUCUUCCUUACUGGGGAUCUGUCAUCUACAUAACUGCAGGCUCACUCUGCAUUGCUGCCGAAAAUAAAAUGAAUUCACCCUCCAGUUUGUGUUUG